UAAGGUCAAUACCACGUACUGCUCCGAUGACGAUGGACUUGAGAAUCUCAUGUAUAAAACACCCGGUGCCCGAGUCCAAAAUUAACAGUUCUUCUUUGGCUCUUUACCGUGCACAUACAACAGACGAAAUGGCUUUCAAGCUUUGCAUCAUCGCCGCCCUCGUGGCCAUCGUCAACUGCCAGUACGGCGCCCCCGCCUACAAAGCCGCCUACGCCGCCCCCUCAUACUCCGCCCCCGCUUACGCUGCACCCGCCGUGGCCUCCGCCUACGUCUCCAAGCCAGUAGCCCCCGCAUACGCCGCCCCCGCCUACUCUGCUCCCGCCUACAAGGCCCCAUCAUACGGAUACGCCGCCGCUCCCGCCUACCACGCUGAGCCCGCUUACCCCGACGCCCACCCCGCCUACAAGUUCGCCUACACCGUAAACGACCCUCACACCUACGACAUCAAGAGCCAAGAAGAGACCCGUGACGGAGACUACGUCCAGGGAUACUACUCCCUCGUCGAGGCUGACGGCAGCAAACGUACCGUCCACUACUCCGACAAGGGACACGGAUUCGAAGCCGUCGUCAGCAAGGAAGGAGGUGCCCCCGCCUACGCCGCCCCAGCAUACUCUGCACCCGCCUACGCCGCCCCUGCCUACUCUGCCCCCAAAUACGCCGCCCCCGCUUACAAGAAGUAGAUUUCAUCACUGAAAAAUGACCCACAAAAAUUCCUAAAGACUAAAUCAUCUCAUUUGCCUUCUAAGUCAUUUCCUAUCUCAUUGUAAAUAUGUGUAAUUUAUCCUCUCAUAUGUUUCAUCCUAGGGUGAAUAAAUGAUUUCAGUCAACCAAA